AUGUCCGAAGCUGAUUUAUUACAACCAGGAAACGUUGUACGUGAUCGUUGGAAAGUGUUAAGCAAAAUUGGUGGUGGUGGUUUUGGUCAAAUAUACGAAGCAUUUGAUGUCGUAGCAAAAGAAAAUGUUGCACUUAAACUUGAAUCAGCAAAACAGCCUAAACAAGUACUUAAGAUGGAAGUUACUGUAUUACGACGACUUCAAGGCAAAGAUCAUGUGUGCAAGUUUCUAGGAGGUGGAACAAAUGAAAUGUAUAACUACGUUGUGAUGACAUUACAAGGAAAAAACUUAGCUGAAUUACGUCGUAGUCAAACACGACAAUAUUUUUCGUUAUCAACUUCGUUACGUGUUAGUGCUCAAAUAUUGAAUGCUAUUGAAUCUAUACAUUCUAUUGGCUUUCUUCAUCGUGAUAUUAAACCAUCAAAUUUUGCUAUGGGUCGAUUGCCGUUGACGUGUCGGAAAGUUUACAUGUUGGACUUUGGUUUAGCAAGAAAAUACACGAAUGCCGAAGGUAGUGUAAGAGCAGCGCGACCACAAGCUGGAUUUCGAGGAACAGUACGUUAUGCAUCGAUCAAUGCUCACAAAAACAAAGAAAUGAGUCGGCACGAUGAUCUAUGGAGUUUAUUUUAUAUGCUAGUUGAAUUUGUCACGGGACAACUACCGUGGAGACGGAUCAAAGAUAAAGAGCAAGUUGGUCAAAUGAAAGAAAAAUACGAUCAUUCCACAUUUUUGAAAAGUAUACCGACUGAAUUCAAACAAUUUCUUGAACAUGUCCAAUCACUUGAUUAUGUUGACAAGCCAAAUUAUGAAUUAUUAAAAAGUUUAUUUCAUCAAUCAAUAGUAAGACGCGGUAUCAAAGAAACGGAUCUGUUCGACUGGGAAAAGGACACUGAAGAUGGAGCAACAACGCCAAAUUCUACUACUUUACAAACUCAGCAACAGCAACAACAGAAAGAACCAACACAACCGAUUGUCAGCACAGUCAAUAAAGCAUCAGCAGAAAUGACUAAAGCCAUUAUGACAGAUCGUCCUAAUGGUGCCAAAGGAACAGACGCCGAUACGAUUGAUGAAAGAUGGAAACCUCCUCGAACAAAUAAUACAAGCGGCGGUACUUCCGACCAUUCACCCUUUUCACCUCGUCGUAGUAUACCAAGAAGUCUUGAUCGUGUUACUCGCAGGCCGUAUACAAGUGGAACAAUAGCAAAUAAUAAUUUAUCUAGUGGAACAAACACGGGUAUUCCAACAACCAAUAAUAAUGAAAAAGAUACUUCAUUAUCGAAAAAAACCGAUAAAGAAAAAAGUGCAAAUCAACAACAACGCCCACCAACAACAACCGAUAGUGGACGUGGAAGUGGACAAGAUUUAUGGAAAAGUACAACAAAUACAUCACCAUCACCGGCGCCAACGAACGCUGUUUCGGAAUCAUCACGUCGUACGAAAAAAUCAUCGACAUUCGAACCAAUCACACCGACUCAAACACCCCUUUCUACCGCUCAACAACAACGAUUAAUUAAACCAACUAAAGAAGAUUCACCAGGUUCACAGUCUUAUUCUGACUCGGGAAAACCUCGUGGUGCAACAACUGGUGCAUAUUCACGCACUGGUGGGAAUAGCGGUGGCGCUAUUUCAAAUCUGGCAAGAUCAAAUAUUCUAAAGAGUACAGAACGUCUUGAUCGAAACACUGAUUCGCAACAAAACCAAGAUGUAACACCAUUUAAUGAUGAGAAUAUGUAUACAGGAGCGUCGAAUGUGACGGCAACUGGGAAUAACGGACUCAGCAUUUAUAGUUCAGAACACGGUAAACCACCUAAAACUCCACGCUCUAUGAGGGCAACAACUACACCACAAGCUAUCAGCAGUCGAAGUGAUGUAGUACAACAAAGUUCAAGAAGAAAUCAUAGUAGUAAUAACGGAGAAUCAAAAGGUGGUGGCUUGGACAGUGAAGCAAUGUCGAUGCCAGCAGCCACAUUUGCAAUAAAAGCAGGUCCACAGACUGUGAUGUCCCAAUGGAUAGUUUCAUUCGAAGAUAAUUUAUCUGAAGGUAGUGAUAAUCAACAUAGUGCCAAAUGGGAAGAUGCACAAGAAAAAAUCGAUCAGUCUUCUCAUCUUCAACUACCACCGCCACAACCUACAACCUCUUCUCUUCCACAACAAUCCACUUCACCUCCGUCUUCACCUCCUGUUCAGAAUAAUAAGACUAAUAAUCUUAUUUUGUCAAAUACAGUAAAUCACUUGCCCUCAAGUACAGCCGGUGCAUUGAACAGUCAUUCAACACCACAAACACAUCAGCCUUUUGCUUAUGGCGGUCCGAACAGUACAAGUGGAAUUUUAUUAUCACAUCAAACACCAUCGACAAGACAGCAACAGCAACAACUGCAUCGAUCUAUAUUACGUGGCGAUGAACUUUACGAUGGGAAAGAAAAUAAAUUGGAAGAAGUAACCCCAAACACUCCACGUACGGACCAAUCCGAAAGCCUUCCAUUUGAAAGUUAUCGUGAUAACACCAAUAAUACUCCGCAACAAUGGCUAUCGUUAUCUCCAACUACUACGACACCUGACGGAACAACAAAUAUACUAUUACAGCAAAAUCAUUUUAUAAAUCGAAGUAACAAUCUGAAUGUAAAUAAUAAUCACUUAAACGAACAUUGUUUAUCUAACGAUGGAUUUGAACAACAACAUAGAACACAUAAAGAAUAUUCUAAUAACAAUGAACAACAACAACCACAGCAUUGUGUGAUCGAUUUAUCAUCUAAUACGGCGGCGCCUCCACUGUCUAUUCCUUCGAAUUUGCAACUGAACUAUACGGGUGAUGAUAAUAAUAAUAAUAAUAAUAAUAAUAAGACUCAGACUCUUUUCACAGACAUUUCUAAAUACUCUUCAUUUAUGGAUAGUACAGUACGUUUACCAUCACGAAAAUUCUUAGAUACUACGCCAACGAUGAUGAUGAAAUCUAAUUCUAAUUUAAUUCAGCAUACCAUAUCCACUACUUCUCCUUCUUCUCCUCAAAACUCUGACCAUAAUAAUGAUAAUAAUAAUAAUAAUAAUAAUAAUAAUAAUAAUAAAAAUCAAAUUCAUUCUUCUUUUACUUCACCUAUUCAACAACAAAUGCAGUAUAUUUCUAAUGGUGAAGCUCGAAUCGAUAAUCGGCAACAUUCGACUAAUGUAAAUUCUCCUACACCAUUAUUACCAGUGAAAAAACUAGUUGAUUAUUCUGUUCGAUGUUUACCAGCAGAUGAAAAUAGACCAUUAGUCACGUGCACAUCAAUCAUUCGUCCUCAUACAUCACGAUCAGCUUCAUCUUCAUCUUCCUCUUCUCUACCGUUUGACAAUCAGAGCAAUAUUGAAUCAUUCAAACCAGUAAUCAGUAAUAAUUUGACAAAUUAUUUUGUACCAGCACCAUUUGGUGGCACUCGUUUGAUUAUAAAUCAUGCAAAAUCAACUGAACAUUUAGAUCAUAAAAAUAGUAUCUAUCGAUCAACGAAUCAAGACUAUUUUCCAAAUGACAGUAUAGUUAAUUAUUCAACAUUUAUUAAACCACAGCAACAACAGUCAACAACCAUCGAUAAUAAUUCUCCAACAUCGAUAUUAAAAAAUCAUUUUAUACGUCGUCAUUCACAAUCAGCACAACAACAACAUUAUGGAAACCAUCAAGAAGAAAAUGAUGAUAGAAAUGAUGAUGAAGAAGAAGAAGAAAAAGAGAAGAAUAUCCUAAACGAUAACAACAAUUCCAAUUAUACUAAUCGACUAGCAAAUCUGCAUGUGAAUGGAAACGAUACUGUUAUAACGAUGAUGAAUGUAAAUAAUAAUAAUAAUAAUAAUAAUAAUACUAGUACGAACAUGAGCUUGUCUUUGCACGAUUUUGAUCAUCGAAAUAACUUGACUUCGAAUCAAGCGGCGAAAACGUUUGAUUCUGUUAUGACACCUUUGUCUCAUCGUGGUGACGAUUUUUAUAAAAAACUAAUGUUUUACGAGAAAAACGCAGCAAUAUCAUCUACAAAUGGCAGCGCUAUUUUAAAUGGCGGGUAUAAUCAAUCUUAUACUACAACGCCAUCUUCAACAAUAAUCAAUAAAUCGACAAGUGUUAGUACCGCUACAUCGUCGCCUAGACGUUCAUCAUUUCAACAAAUCACUAAUACACCUAUGUCAUUUUCACCUGUCGCGUCAAGUAAAAUAUUAUUAAAUGGAAUUAUUAACAAAGGAGGAUCAAUUAUAUCGAGUACAAUCGAUAAUAAAAUAGUAAAACCCAUAAGCACGACAAAUACAAGUCAAAAAACGAUAUCAGAUCAACAAAAACGCUUGCAUGCUAUGCAACGAAGUAAAUCUUACAAAGAUUUAGUAGAUGUUCCUGUAACUCAAACUUCACAAUUCCCAAAUCAAACAAAUAUUUAUCAGUCCUAUCAUAAACCAAAUCAACCAAGCUACUCGACAACGGCAACAUCAAACACAACUUUCACCACACCAUUGUCCACUUUCACUGCUCGUAGCAACACUAUAGAUACAAAUAGUAAUGAUUCGAAUCAUUUGUUUCCCUAUUACUCAUCGUCGUUCUAUUAUAAUAAUCAAAAUAAUGAUCCUGGUAGUGAUAUGUUACAUCAUUCAAUCAGUAGCAUGCUAGGAAGUGCAACAAAUUCAAACGGAAUGGUUCAAUCAACUAGCGAUCAACAACAACAACAUUUAGGACUCUCAGAAUUGAAUCGUCGACAACAAGCAUCCUCAACAAAUAUUUUGGACGAUGUAUCUUCUUCGAGUCUACUUAGUCAUACGCCCAAACCCCCACCAGGCAUACCAAAUCAAAAUCCCAGACCACGUCGUCACAAGGUUGAUAAUCGCUAUAAGGACAAAAGCCGUGAAGGUUCUCUUGAACGGUCACCAGUUAUUUAA